GGUAUAGCAAGAGAUGCUGUAAAUAUUUUCACUAAAUAUAUAUCAUUAGAAGCUACUCAUCCUAUAGGUAUAUCAGAUGAGCUACGUAAUGAAACCAUUAGUAAUAUUUGUCGUGAAGAUGGAGAAGUUGAUCCUUAUUGUUUUAUUAAAUGUCAACAAUAUGUUUUAGAUCUUUUACAGAAAAAUCAUUUCCCAUCUUUUCAAGGCAGUGAAUAUCAUUGUAAACAUCAAGUUGAUGUAUUAACUGGUGGUAAAGUUGAUUUACCAGACAUUUUAUAUAAUGAAAUGGCUCUCUUUUAUUUUACUGAGUUUUUAGAACAAGAAGGUGGCAGUGAUUUAUUACAAUUCUGGAUGGCGGUAGAUAAUUUUCAGAAACAUCUAAAAUCUCAAGGAGAAUAUGAUGGUAUUCAGGCACAAAAUGAUGCCAUGGUCUUUUAUGAUAAGUACUUUUCUUUGCAAGCUAGUCAACCUCUAGGAUUUGAUGAUGAAACCCGGUUUGAAGUAGAGAGUAAUAUUUGCCAUGAAGGUGGUCCAUUACCUGAUGUAUUUUCUAAACCUAGAGCGAUAGUGCUUAAUACUUUAGAUAAGUUGUAUUUUUGCCAGUUUUUAAAGAGUGAAGUAUAUUAUAAAUAUUUAUCUGAUUUGAUAACUACAGUUAAUAUGUCACAAGAUUUACCAACACGCAGAAAACGAACAGGAAGUGAUGCAUCCUCGGAACACAGUGCUGGUAGUCAUAGUAUAGGAGCGGAUAGUCUAUCACAUAAAAAUACCUUAUUAGCAAUCGAUAGCAGUAGUAUAAAGAAAGUCUUUAAUAAACUAGAUGUUGAUAUGAGAAUAGAUGAUCAGUUAUUAAAUCCUGAAGAAUUAUGGAAACGUCCUGCCCAAAAUACAAUGUCUCUUGGUAAAGUUGAUGAUUUUGGUCAAUUUGUAUCAGAAUUUGCACCAGAACCAGAUCAGAAAGAAAAGAAAAGUAAGAAUUUCUUCACGGGGGGCAAUAAUGUUUCGGAACAAGAAGAUAUGGCAUUACAAAUAGCACAGAUGAUAUUAAAUGAUGUGGCAACAAUGACCAAAACUGGUGAUCUCUAUAGUGGCAAAGAUACAGGAAAUGCAAUAGCAGAUGGAAAACCACCAAAGUUAUAG